GUCCUUUCCGGAACAACACCACUAGGCGAGAAAUAGCCUGUCAAAUAGAUGAGCCCUAGACACAGCAAGCGCUCGACAGGAGAGCAUCUCCCUCUCGGAGUCGGCUCUCGGUUAAUGCACGAUGGUAGGGAAGAGCGGCCCGCCUUCCCCGAUGGCUGAGUGAGUGAGGAUGCGACUCCCCAGCUCCAUAUUUGUGUCGGUGUCUCUGUUCACGGCUGAGACCACGGCAGCCCUCUACCUCAGCUCCACAUACCGCUCCGACGGCGACCAGAUCUGGCAAGGGCUCACCCUCCUCUUCACCCUAGUAACGUCGGUGCUCGUGCAGCUAACGCUCACCUUCAUUCACCGGGACCUUAGCAGGGACCGACCGCUUGUUCUGCUGCUUCACAUCCUGCAGCUCGGACCCAUCGUGAGGUGUCUGGAGGCGUUCUGUAUCUACGGCAGUGUGGGCCGGGUAGAGGAGCCGUAUGUCAGCAUCACGCGGAAGCGCCAGAUGCCCAGGGGGGGCCAGUCUGAGGAGGUGGAGAGACAGGUGGGGCAGGCAGAGGGCAAGCUGUUCACCCACCGCGCCGCCUUCGCCCGCACCUCUGUCAUCCAGGCCUUCCUGGGCUCCGCCCCCCAGCUCACCCUGCAGCUCUACAUCUGUGUCCUGCAGCAGGGGGUGUCCAUCGGCAGAGGCACCCUCAUGGUGAUCUCCCUGCUGUCCAUCGUAUAUGGAGCCCUGCGCUGCAACAUCCUGGCCAUCAAGAUCAAGUAUGACGACUACGAGGUGGACGUACGUCCCGCUGCCUACCUCUGCAUAUUCCUGUGGCGCAGCUUCGAGAUCGCCACACGCGUCACCGUCCUGGUCCUCUUCAGCUCCGUACUGCAGCUCUGGAUCCUCCCUGUGGUUCUGCUCAACUUCUUCCUCUUCUUCCUCUACCCGUGGAUGCUGUUUUGGCAGAGCCACUCGCCCUUCCCGGAGAACAUCGAGAAGACCCUAACCCGGGUGGGCACCACCAUCGUCCUCUGUCUCCUCACGUUCCUCUACGCAGGCAUCAACAUGUUCUGCUGGUCGGCGGUGCAGCUGAAGCUCAACGACCCAGACCUGAUCAACAAGUCUCAGAACUGGUACCGCAUGGCCGUGUACUACAUGCUGAGGUUCGUGGAGAACGCCUCUCUGCUUCUGCUGUGGUACAUCUACAAGACAGACUUCUAUAGGUUCAUCUGUGCUCCGUUGUUAGUGCUGCAGCUGCUGGUGGCCUAUGCUAUGGCCAUCUUCUUCAUGCUGGUGUUCUAUCAGUUCUGCCACCCCUGUAGGAAGCUCUUCUCCUCCAAUAUGACCCAAGGCCUGUGGGACUGCUCCGCCCUGCUCUGUCUAGUCUGCUACGCUCCUGAUAGGGACGCCGUCAGGCCAAUAGAGAAGGCUGGUCUGGACCCUCUGGCCCCCGACCCCACCCCCCACACGGAGACAGCCAAUGACACGUCAUAUGAUGUGGCCAAUGACACGGCAUAUACCAUGCCCAAUGACACAAUGACCUAUGACAUGCCCAAUGACACGACUCAUGAAGUGUUGAGCGAGAUGAACGGCGACGUAAGCCACAGUCUGUCCAGCAACACUUAAAGAGACGUGAUUGGUUGUGUGUAGGGUAGGGCUGCAUGAUAUGGGCAAAAACUCUAAUUGCGAUUUUUGGACCAAAUAUUGUGAUUGUGAUUUGACUUGCGAUAUAGAUACAAAAUCCUUGGCUGAACUGUUGGAAUCAUUGAAAAUGGAAUGACUUAUAUUAAGAAACAAAGUGGAAAGUAGCAUUGGCCUUGUUUGGAACUGUUGACUGCAAUUGACCUUACAGAACAGCAUGCAAAUGUAUAGUGAAUCUAACAGCGAGGAGGAGGAACUGCACUGCUUGAUUGACCUGGGCUGGAGCUUGGUGUGUGUGGGAAGCAGUCGCAAUAGAAGAGAGAGAGAGACGACAAACCCGAGUCAACUAUAAAAACGGACGAUACACACAGCUUAGUGCCGUUUAAAAAUAUUGCAUGCGAUAUGGAUCUCUUGUGAUAUGGCUUUUGCAAAUGUGAAUAUUGUGAUUUGAUGUGAAUUCUAUUAAUUAUUCAGCCCUAGUAUAGGGUCAGGAGUGUUCCUGAACUUGUACCUGAACCAGGAAGAGGCUUUCCUGUUCAGGUCAUGUGGUCUGGAAAUACUCCUGGUCCUAGUUAUGUGCCAUUCAGAGGAAGGUGUACACACAGAGCAACAUUUGCUGUACUGUCUCCUUCUGUAAUCCUUUAAGUGCCAUAUGAACCCCUCUGCCCUACCUGUCAGUUAAGUUUACACUGAACUAGGGUUGCAAAAUUCCGUUAACUUUUCAAAAAGUCCCUGGUUUUCCAACCAGGAUUUCUGGAAAACCAGGGAAUUUUGGGAAAGUUACUUGAAUUUUAACUCUGAACCGUAAUCUGAACUAUACACUGAACCGUAAUCUGAACCGUACUCUGAACCAUACUCUGAACUGUAAUCUGAACCAUACUCUGAACCGUAAUCUGAACUAACCAGAACCGUAAUCUGAACCGUACUCUGAACUAACCAGAACCGUAAUCUGAACCGUAUUCUGAACCAUACUCUGAACCGUAAUCUGAACCAUACUCUGAACAAUAAUCUGAAUCAUACACUGAACCAUACACGGAACCAUAAUCUGAACCAUACUCUGAACUGUAAUCUGAACCAUACUCUGAACCAUAAUCUGAACCGUACUCUGAACUCUAAUCUGAACCGUACUCUGAACCCUAAUCUGAACCAUACACUGAACCAUACACUGAACCAUAAUCUGAACCGUAAUCUGAACCCUAAUCUGAACCAUACUCUGAACCCUAAUCUGAACCCUAAUCUGAACCAUAAUCUGAACCCUAAUCUGAACCAUACACUGAACCGUAAUCUGAACCGUAACCAGAACCCUAUGAUCUUAACCCCAUACCCAUAACCUUAUUCUACUGUGUGUCUCUAACCAAAUAACUUGAAUGCUAUCAUUCUGUUUAACCCUUAACCCCCAUUCUGUUAUCAAACCCCCAAACUGUAACCCCUUACUCCCCUAACCAAUGCUACAAAGGCAGUAUCCCCUUGCCAUGGAGAGAGACUACAGCUUCACUGUUAGUGUAUAAUAGAAGAACAGGCAAUGUAUGAUAUCGUCCACCAGCCGGCUCUCUCUGAAUUUAGCCAGGGGAUGAGGUUAGGCAAUGUACACGAAGUAGUUCUUGUGAGAAUGUCCUCACGCAGUCCGUGAUGUUUAUUCUACCUAAACCAGUAUUACCGACCAACUACAGACAAAUCAUUGGAUGUAGUGAUUCUUCAGCAACGGACUCAACUACUGACAUAGUAUCAGUGUUUCAGUGUUGAACAGACUUUCCUACAACCAGAAUGUAACUUGUCUGCAGCCUUUUCUAUGGAAGUCAAGUCCUGGCGGUAUGGACAGAACGCUACACUCAGACAGAUUAAACUGGUCCGAAGUGAGUCUGCCACAAUAGCUUUUCUAAUGAGGUUUCCUAAUUUGAUUACGCAUUUCAUUGAACUAAAUACUUGUCUAUACAGUCACUCACAUUAAUCAAUCAAUCAAUCAAAUGUAUUUAUAAAGCCCUUUUUACAUCAGCAGAUGUACAGAAACCCAGCCUAAAACCCCAAACAGCAAGCAAUACAGAUGUAGAAGCACAGUGGCUAGGGAAAAACUCCCUAAAAAGGCAGGAACCUAGGAAGAAACCAAGAGAGGAACCAGGCUCUGAGGGGUGGCCAGUCCUCUUCCAAUGGACUUAUAUAUUGCAUUACUACAUUACUCAUCAAAACUUAACAAGUAUUUGGGAAUUAGUGUAUUUACAGUGUUUCACAUUGGCAUGGGGGUGUGCAUGUACUGAACUGGACCCAUCAACCACCACAUACACAUUUUAAAGCUUUGUGUGGUGUAAUGUAAAUAUUGGGUUGGGUUUAGUGUUUUUUUCCUUAGUACACACUACUCUUACGGCUGCGACCAACGCUGCUUUUAUACUUCCUUGAAAAAGAGCUUAAUCAUUGGUGUGCUGCUUCUGCGGUGUUUCUAAGUGCUUGUGACAAGGGUGACAGUGAUUUCUAAGCCAGCACUAGAGUACAUGUAAAGAGACCCAUCUCUCAUCAAACAGACAAACACUGUAUUUCAGACAGGAAACACCACGUGUUUGUUUAACCAUUUAUUAUAAAAUAUUACAAUACAUGCAAUACGUUAGUCUUGGCAUUAGAGGCUCUGCUCCUUCGGGGUAGCUCACUGCCAGAGCAUGCAUAAUGUUAAGAUAAUAAUAAUUACAGGCAGACAGAAAGGUAUUCUGUACCAUUCCCCCUGCAGGACAGGAAGGGAACAGAACCAAGCAGGUGGACAUAGGUGGGAAAGCAGGAAACAGACAUGCAUGGCGAGUAACGCAUGUCAUAGCAAUAGCAUGUCAGCAAGAACAGCAGUGCAUAGUUUGCGUGCGGCAGCCAUCAGAGAAAGUGUGUGUAGAGCCUGGUGGACUAAAUAGACUGCCAUAUUAAUGUAGAGGGAUGAAUCUAAUUGGUGCAAUAUCAGCUGUGCUUGAUGUACUGAACCCACCGCAUGACCACCAACGCACUGGGCGCGUUCCAGCGGAUCACAUUAUCAAGUCGGUGACCAUCAUCACCACCUUUCAAAGUGUGUUGCAUUAUAGAGACAAAAAUUGUUCGACUUGCAUGAACUUUACAACAACCAUGUGAUCAAAUGUCAUGAAGUUUCAACUGCAGUCGACUUCGAUUUUCUGCAGUUGCUCCUCACCAGCUGCAACUUGCAGCCAUCGCCUGCAUUGUGGGAGUCACUAUUUGUCAACCAAUCAUGACAGUAUUUUUGUUUGACCCAUGCAAACAGGACCACAGAUGUGACUAAACAGGAAGCAACUUUGCUACGAUUCAUAUGUACAGUGCAUUUGGAAAGUAUUCAGACCCCUUGACUUUUCCCACAUUUUGCUACGUUACAGCCUUAUUCUAAAAUAGAUGUUUUCCCCUCAUCAAUCUACACACAAUACCCCAUUUUGACAAAGCAAAAACUGGGUUUUAGAAAUGUUUGCAAAUGUAUAAAAUAAAACAAAAACAGAAAUAUAAUUUACAUAAGUAUUCAGACUUCUUACUCAGUAGUUUGAUGAAGCACCUUUGGCAGUGAUUACAGCCUCGAGUCUUCUUGGGUAUGACGCUACAAGCUUUGCACAGCUGUAUUUGGGGAGUUUCUCCCAUUCUUCGCUGCAGAUCCUCUUCGAGAUCUGUCAGGUUGGAUGGGGAGCGUCGCUGCACAGCUAUUUUCAGGUCUCUCAGAGAUGAUCGAUCGGGUUCAAGUCCAGGCUCUGUCUGGGUCACUCAAGGACAUUCAGAGACUUGUCCUGAAGCCACUCCUGCGUUGUGUUGGCUGUGUGCUUCGUGUCGUUGUCCUGUUGGAAGGUGAACCUUGUCCCCAGUCUGAGGUCCUGAGCGCUCUGGAGCAGGUUUUCAUCAAGGAUCUUUCUGUACUUGGCUCUGUUCAUCUUUCCCUCGAUCCUGACUAGUCUUCCAGUCCCCGCCUCUGAAAAACAUCCCCACAGUAUGAUGCUGCCACCACCAUGCUUUACGGUAGGGGUGGUACCAGGUUUCCUCAAGACGUGACACUUAGCAUUCAGGCCAAAGAGUUCAAUCUCGGUUUCAUCAGACCAGAGAAUCUUGUUUCUCAUGGUCUGAGAGUCUUUAGGUGCCUUUUGGCAAACUCCAAGUGGGCUGUCAUGUGCCUUUUACUGAGGAGUGGCUUCCGCCUGGUCACUCUACCAUACAGGCCUGUUUGGUGGAGUGCUGCAGAGAUGGUUAAUCUUCUGGUAGGUUCUCCCAUCUCCACAGAGGAACUCUGGAGCUUUGUUAGAGUGACCAUCGGGUUCUUGGUCACCUCCCUGACCAAGUCCCUUCUCCCCCGAUUGCUCAGUUUGACCGGACGGCCAACUCUAGGAAGAGUCUUGAUGGUUCCAAACUUCUUCCAUUUAAUAAUUAUGGAGGCCACUGUGUUAUUGGGGACCUUCAAUGCUGCAGAAUUAUUUUGGCACCCUUCCCCAGAUCUGUGUCUCAACACAAUCCUGUCUUGGAGCUCUACGGACAAUUCCUUCGACCACAUGGCUUGGUUUUUGCUCUGACAUGCACUGUCAACUGUGGGACCUUAUAUAGACAGGUGUGUGUCUCUCCAAAUCAUGUCCAAUCAAUUGAAUUUACCACAGGUGGACACCAAUCAGGUUGUAGAAACAUCUCAAGGAUGAUCAAUGGAAACAGGAUGCACUUGAGCUCAAUUCCGAGUCUCAUAGCAAAGGGUCUGAAUGUAUUUUUUUCACCUUUAUUUAACCAGGUAGGCCAGUUGAGAACAAGUUCUCAUUUACAACUGCGACCUGGCCAAGAUAAAGCAAAGCAGUGCAACAAAAACAACAACACAGAGUUAACCAUAAAGAAACGUACAGUCAAUAUCACAAUAGAAAAAUCAAUGUACAGUGUCUGCAAAUGUAGAAGAGUAGGUAGGUAAGGCAAUAAAUAUACCGUAGAGGCGAAAAUAAUUACAAUUUAGCAUUAACACUGGAGUGAUAGAUGUGCAGAUGAUGAUGUGCAAGUAGAGAUACUGGGGUGCAAAAGAGCAAGAGGCUAAAUAACAAUAUGGGGAUGAGGUAGUUGGGUGUGCUAUUUACAGAUUGGCUGUGUACAGGUACAGUGAUGAUGUUACCUUCGCAGACAUUUGCGUUUAUUGAAUUUAUUCAUAUAGGCAUACUUUCUUGUAUCUGCUCUGACAGCUGAUGCUUAAAGUUAGAGAGGGAGAUUCGUUCCAGUCACUGGCAGCAGAGAACUGGAAGGAAAGGCGGCCAAAGGAAGUGUUGGUUUUGGGGAUGACCAGUGAAAUAUACCUGCUGGAGCAGGUGCUACGGUUGGGUGUUGCUAUGGUGACCAGUGAGCUGAGAUAAGGCGGGGCUUUACCUAGCAAAGACUUAUAGAUGACUUAUAUAGAUGACUUACGGAAAUAAUGUAUUUAUGUUUAUGCUAAAAUUUCUGAAAACCUGUUUUUGCUUUGUCAUUAUGUGGUAUUGGGUGUAGAUUAAUUAGAUUUUUUUUAGAAUAAGUCUGUAAUGUAACACAAUGUGGAAAAAGUCACAAGGGGUCUGAAUACUUUCCGAAUGCACUGUAUACAGUGGAUAUGUACAAAUGAAUGUGCUAUUUGAGGCUCUCUCACCAAUUGAUAUUACAUGCAUAUAUUUAGUUUGUGAGUGUGUGAUAUGGGGGUUGGAGACGUGUUUAUUUUGAUAUUACAAAGAACAACUUUUAUAAAUGAUGGCAACACUGCCAUGUUGUGCUGAGCCUUGCUGUUGGAAAGCCACAUCAGUGUCCGACUUUCGGCUGUAGCAGAUGCACCUCCCCCGACUUCACUUCUCGACUUUUGUCUGCAGUCGGUUGCUUCAGCCUUACCACUCACGCUUUCCAGCACGCUUUGGUUCAGCUUUGUAAGGGCAAUAGUCAGCAGCAGCUGUUGUUGAUGUGGCGCCAGUGAGAUGCUUUGAUUGGAUGUCUAUGGGUUUUGCUCAUUCAUGCUGUGCUAUUGUAUGUCUCUGCGAUUGUCUGGUGUUUCAUUAUGUAUGGAAAUAUACACACAGACUUACACAAUAUCUAUUUGAAAUGUGUUUAAUAUUUGUAAUGGUAAAGUGUCUUUGCAUAGCUUGAAUCUUACAUGUAUUAAUGUGUGUAUUAUAUAUUUAUUUUAUAUGUGUCUUUAUUUGCACUAGCUCUUCUUUUGCAAUGCAGUUGCACAGGGCUUGACGACAUUUAGUAUCAUAUGAAUGCUUCAUAUAGUUUGUAUUAAAAAAGACAAUCUUUGAAGCCAAACAGAAUUUUUGAUAUCUAGAAAAAUCUAAUGAACACACAGUAUUGUGAAUCAAUUUCAGAGAGAAUAGGAUUAUUAAAAGAUGAAAUUCAAACAAUAUGUGAAGUACAUUUAUAUUUAUGUGAUUUAUUGAGUGAUUGUUUUGUCAUCAUCGGACCCCAUAUACUGACGUAUACUGACCCCUAGUGGAACAAUACAGAAACACGACUAACUGUGUAAAUCUCAUCCAUCUAGACCAGAAAGGAUGACAGUGGUGGAAAAAGUACUCAAUUAUCAUACCAGUAAAAUACUACUUGAAUAAAAGUCUAAAAGUAUUUGGUUUUAAAUAUACUUAAGUAUCAAAAGUAAAUGCAAUUGCAAAAAUAUACUUAAGUAUCAAAAGUAAAUGCAAUUGCAAAAAUAUACUUAAGUAUCAAAAGUAAAAGUAUAAAUCAUUUCAAAUUGUUCAUAUUAAGCAAACCAGAAAGCACAAUUUUCUUAUUUAUUUUAUGGAUAGCCAGGGGCACAUUCCAACACUCAGACAUCAUUUACAAACAAAGCAUUUGUGUUUAGUAAGUCCUCCAGAUCAAAGGCAGUAGAGAUGGCCAGGCAUGUUCACUUGACAAGUGUGUGAAUUGGACCAUUUACCUGUCCUGUUAAGCUCAAGUACUUUUGUGUGUCAGGGAAAAUGUAUGAGUGAAAAGUAAAUUAUUUUCUUUAGGAAUAUAGUGAAGUAAAAGUUGCAAAAAAUAUAAAAUGUACUGAUACCCCCCAAAAACAAGGAGAGGUAGCAAUUUUUGACAAUGGAAUCCAGCCAAGAAUAUUCCUGUAGUUUGUUAGGGUGGGAUCAAAUUCUUUACAAGUUCCAUUUCUCCUACUCUCCAUCCUUGAAGUAAUUAAUCUGCCAAGCUUUGCUUGGUCAACAGAAUAGUAUAGAAACAGCUUUCACUUCUACAAUGAGUGAUUACCCCAAGUGAGGGACAACAAAAUGCUUAAAGCGGGGCCACAAUCAUCCAACUGAGGCAAUAAUUUUCAGAAGAUUUUUUAGGUAAACGUUUAGUUUCACAAGCCAUAACCUCACUCAUCAUUAGGAUCGGUAUAGCCUUGCUUCAUCAGACCUGUACACAGACUCGGGAGAGCCUUGCUUCAUCAGACCUGUACACAGACUCGGGAUAGCCUUGCUUCAUCAGACCUGUACAGGCAGACUCGUCAUCAGGCUCAGGACAGCCUUGGUUCAUCAGACCUGUACACAGACUCGGGAUAGCCUUGGUUCAUCAGACCUGUACAGACAGACUCGUCAUCAGGCUUAGGACAGCCUUGCUUCAUCAGACCUGUACACAGACUCGGGAUAGCCUUGCUUCAUCAGGCCUGUACAGACAGAUUCUCAUGUGUUGGCCUCUUUUCAUGCUCAUCAUUUGCCUUAAUGAAAAAUGAAUAAACUCUGAGACAAGCUAGUCAUGUGAGUUUUAAUAGAUGAGGUGAGUCUGUAUGUUUAGACAUUAAAGGCUUAAAGAAGAUUUGCAGUGCUCGUUUUAAACAUCUGUGAUUAGUAAGCAUCCUAAUUCCUCUUGAUCUUAUUUUAACAUCCCAUCGGGUACAUAUAAUUGAUUAGAACAACAAUGCAGCAAAUAGACAAUUUGUAACAAAAGAUAAUUUUAACAUAACUACUACCACAACAGGAAUGUGUGUAAGGUAAUAAACCAGCAGUUGCACUUGUUUCACCCCAUCCUAAACCUCACUAGCUUUUCUGUCAACCUGCUUUACUGGUGAGACAUAUCAAUUAAACACCAGGAAAUCAUGUGACGAUAGUUCAAUAAUACAUUUAAUGACAAAGGUCAAUGGACAAACACAAGUCAUACUUGUAGUGUCAUGAGCAUUUUCAGUCGAUUUAAUAUCACAAGUGAUAAGGGCUAGUGAGGUAAAUGUGAUACAACAUGCAGGAGAGCUACAACUUCAACAAUCUAGAGGGAAUGGUCUUAGAAUAUGUGUAUUAUAUUUAUUCUUAAAGAAAAAGUACACCGUCAUAAACCUACAAUGCUCCAACGGAACCUCCAAUGUCUCUCUCUGCACUCUGUUAGAAAUGUAUUAAACCUGACCUCUCUGCUUUGAGACUCCAAUUAUUAUUUAUAGUGGCUCAACUACGACACACUAUUGAAACUGUAAAUGGGAUGUAUUGAUUUAGUUAAUCCUAUUAUUCCACAUGUAUAGCAUAGUUGAAGAUGUUCUGUAAUUAUUCAACGAAGAAUCAUUCCCAGUGUGGUUAGUUCCAUUUUCCAUGCUAGUCCAUGCUGAGCAUCUCUCUAGAACUACUGGUCUAUUUACAUUUACACACAGACAACACUAUGCAUCCACCACUUAUAGCAACAUCACUGAAUUCCCAUCCUAUUGUUCCCAUUGGGAGUGGUCAAAGUUUGUGAGUGUGGGGUUGAAAGAUGUUGUACAACAGACAUUUAUUUUCAUGGGUAAUCAGCAUUGCAUCUUCAAGGCUUGGUGGUGCUGGUGCAUGCCAGGUUGUGUUCAGCUCAGUGCGAGAAAGGGGGGGGGGGAACGUUAACAGGUCAAGGCCACGGCGAAAACACUCACCACACAGUACAUGGUGCGGUUCUCCCACCUGACCGUGCAGCUUCCUGUGGGAGGACACCACAAAGACCAAUCAGGUCAACCCACUAGAUCUCAACCAAUCAGAGUGAACACAACAUCAGAACCAAUUUGGACACACAAAAUACAUUCCAACAUGUGGCUUCUUCAGUGGAGAGCACCAUUUCAAAACACAGAUAGAAACAGAGAAUGACCAGAUUCCUGUUUCCAGAAAAUCACAGGAAAUCAUGAAAGUACAGUACAAUACUUUUCUAUUAGAGCCCAACCAAUGUUUUUUUCGGAGGGUCCAAUACCAAUUGGGGGGACAAAAUGUACCAAUAUAUCUGCCGACAUACUGUUUUACAGCAGGAAAAUGAGCAAUUGUCCAAGAAAUAUGCUUCAAAUGUUGAUUUCUUACAUUGUGACAAUAAUGAAACUAGGGCUGACCACAUUUAGUCGACUGGUCGAUUGUUUGGUCGAUAGGCUGUUGGACGACCGAGAUUUAUUUAGUCGAGCAGUAGCAAUUUAAAAAAAUGCAUAAUCAUGAUGUACAAGACUGAUUGGCUCCUGUCUGAGUGGACUGAUCCAUUGUGGAGGCCGGUGGGAUGGCACACUCCAUCAGUCCAACAUGUGCUACUGAAAUUUGAUAUGGUUAUAUUAUGAAACAAUGGCACAACACAAAUAAAAAUGUGAAUAUUUUAUAACAAAUGCGCUUUCUGCCAUGUUGGAUAGUGGUAGCUGUCCGCGGUUCUGAAACACAUCAGUGCGCUGUUGAAUUGGCGCAUUAUUCCAGACCAUGUUGCUAGUAGGUAGAUAAUAGCAAACAGCCUAACUGUUAAAUGUGACUGGCUUUAUAAAUCUAUAUACAGAACCAGUCAAAAGUUUGGACCCACCUACUCAUUCAAGGGGUUUUAUUUGUACUAUUUUCUACAUUGCAGAAUAAUAGUGAAGACUAUGAAAUAACAUGUGGAAUCAUGUAGUAACCAAAAAAGUGUUACAGAAAUCAAAAUAUAUUUUACAUUUGAAAUUCUUCAAAGUAGCCACCCUUUGCCUUGAUGACAGCUUUGUACAUUCUUGGCAUUCUCUCAACCAGCUUUAUGAGGAAUGCUUUUCCAACAGUAUUGAAGGAGUUCCCACAUAUGCUGAGCACUUGUUGGCCACUUUUCCUUCACUCUGUGGUCCAACUCCUCCAAAACCAUCUCAAUUGGGUUGAGGUCAGAAAACAGUAUAAAUACAGAAAAACCCUGGAAUGAGUAGGUGUGUCCAAACUUUUGACUGGUACUGUACAUCUACAGAAAUAAGACAGAUCCUGCUUCCGUUGCCUGUUUGAGUGUUUGGUUGAUUGAUCCCACAAGAACCAAGCCUCACGCAACAAUUUCACAAAUUCUGCUAUUUUUCAUCUUUGCUAUGCUGUAAUAAAGGCUUUACACUCUCACUA